AUGGCCAGCGAAAACUCUUCCCUUGAAAAUUCCAACGUGGCAGUUGUGAUGGUCCCGCUGCCGGCCCAAGGCCACCUGAACCAGCUCCUCCACCUCUCCCGCCGCCUCGCCUCCGCCGCCAACCUCCCCAUACACUACGUCGGCACCACCACUCACAUCCGCCAGGCCAAGCUCCGGGCCCACGGCAUCCGAGCCCACGGUAUCACUUUCCACGAGUUCCCCACCCCAUUGUUCGAAAACCCUCAGCCCAACCCGCACUCGUCGGCCCAAUUUCCCGAGCACAUUUACCCCUCGGCUUCCGCAACGGCCACCUCUCUGCGGGGCCCGGUUCACGCGUUAGUCGAAAAUCUUUCCCAAAAACACGAGAGGGUCGUCAUCGUGUACGACUCCUCAAUGCCCUAUGUCGUGAAGGACGUGGACCGUAUACCCAAUGCCGAGUCUUACCGGUUUUGGAGUAUAUCCGCUCUCAUGGUCUACUUUCUCGACUGGCACGCCAGUGGAAGAAGAAGAAGAAGGUCCAACCUGCUGGGAGAAGAAAUCGAGUCGAUCCUGAGGGAAAUCCCGGGAACCGAAACUCUUUUCCCAAACAUGCCUUCCGAGUUGCGGAGCAACUCAAAGGAAAGUGUAUUGGGGAAUAUUUACAAUACGAGUCGGGCCUUAGAGGGCCCGUUCUUGGACUCACUGGCGGCGCAGAAGCAGUGGGCUCUCGGCCCGUUUAACCCGGUCGAAAUCGAUACAACCGAAAGGCGGCCGAGCGGAUGCCUCGAUUGGCUCGACAGGCAGGAACCGGAUUCGGUGAUGUUCGUCUCGUUCGGGACGACGUCUUGUUUUACGGACGAGCAAAUCGAGGAGAUCGCGAUAGGGCUCGAGAGAAGCCGGCACAAGUUUGUUUGGGCUUUGAGGGACGCGGACAAGGGAGACAUCUUUAGGGGCGAGAUUCGAGAGCCGGUUUUACCCGAGGGGUUCGAGGAGAGGGUGAAGGGGAGAGGGAUGGUCGUUCGGGAGUGGGCCCCACAGCUGGAGAUCCUCGCGAAUCGAGGGACGGGCGGGUUUCUGAGCCACUGCGGAUGGAAUUCGUGUGUGGAGAGCAUGAGCAUGGGGGUGCCGGUGGCCGCGUGGCCGGUGCACUCGGACCAGCUGGUCAACGCGGUUUUGUUGACCAAGGUGUUGAAAGUCGGGAUAGAGGUUAGGGAGAGGACAUGUGGGCCCAUUGUGGUGCCUUCGGGUGUGGUGGCCGAGGCGGUAGGGAGGUUGAUGGGUUCGGGAGAAGGAGAUGAGAUUAGGGAGAGGGCAAAGGAAUUGGGAGUUAGUUUGAGGAGUUAUGUGAAAGAAGGUGGAGUAGGCCACGAGGAGAUGGAAUCGUUUAUUACUCAUAUAACUCGGGGGGAGUAG